CUCCUCCGGAGGACGCACGGGUGCAACAUUGAGCUGCAACUCCAUGCAAAUGCCGAGCGAGGGCUGAAAUGAGGAAUUUAAGCCCUGAGCCUUUUUCGUCAGGCGGCGAGCGCCGCUACGUCGGGAGAGAGUCGGCAUCGCGGCGAGUUUAUUAGCUCCUAUUAUUCGCCUGGAAAUAGAUAAUAAUAAUAACGCGAGAGUUCAACCCCAAGUUGCCUCAAGACUGUAGUUGCAACUGUCAAAGGUUGGAGCGGAUCCGCGCAUGACCCAACACACAUUACUGUACUGUAACACGGCCGCCGAGAUAAUGUCCGUAUAAAAAGAAAAAAACCGAAAAAAAAAAACACCCGAGGUAAGGAGCCGAGGAGUGAACCACAGCCGACGGAGAUUUGACGUUUCUGUUCCAUUUUUCCCCUCGUUUCCCUUUUCUUUUACUCUAGCCGACUUGUCUCGAAGCCGUCGAAAUUACUGCACUAAACAUAUUUUUGUACCUCCCUUCAGCUCCAGCCAGCGCAAGGAUUUUUUUUUUUUUUUUACUCCUCCUUCGUAAUAAAGUCGCCAUUUUGCUUCACUGCCUAUAUAAACCAUCCCGUACUCUUAAUAUUUUUCCUCUAGCUGUACGGGGGACCUACCCGUCUUUCCUGGGUGUUUUUUUUGGUGACAUUUCUGGAGUGUCUACGGAGAAGACAGCGGUUGGAGAAGCGCCUCGUGGUGUACAUAUUAAUGCAGGACAGGAGGGGGGCAAGCCGCUGGAAACAAACUGGAAAUAAGAGCGGGGGGACAGCGAGGACGCUCCCCGGGAUCAGUCUGGCCGGCCCUUGACGCACAGCAGGUGUGAUUGCCAUGUAACAUAACAUUGGUGGAAAAACGCCCACACCGGUGCCUGUCUCCUCUCCCUCCUCCUCCUCCCACACGUGGGUGACCCGGGGCCACCCCGAUCUGGUGCUGGCUGACUGGGUGACACAGCUCAGGCAUGGAAAGCCCAAGUGGUCCUAGAAUUGGAAAGCUCUCACCAUCAGGGCUGCCAAGGGGCCGAAUGAAGCAUGGACAUCCUCAGGAGUUUACUAGAACUACGCCAGUCGCAGACAACAACAACAAACACAGUCCAGUUUGUGACGAGCCAGCAGACGGGAAGAGGAAAGGUCGCCCUAAAGGUGAAGUUCAGGAAUUGAGAAGCAUCCCUGCCCAUAUGACAGUUCAAUGGAAGGAAGAGUUUAAGCGCCGCUCCAGGGUUAAAUGUCCAUGUUCAGGUUGUUGGUUAGAGUUUCCCAGCAUCUAUGGUGUCAAGUACCACUAUCAACGCUGCCAGGGGGCCACCGUAGCUGAGAAGCUGAGUCAUGGCUGUCCCUACUGUGAAGCAGUGUUUGCCACGAAGGUGCGCUUGGAGAAGCACAAACUGUGGAAUCACCCAGACAGAUAUAAGAAGGAAUCGAGGGAACAGCAGGCCAAGCUUCAAAAGACUCCUGUCAAGUCCAACACCAAGAAAAGACCCAUGGAGAACAGUCCCCCCUCCCCUGUCUUCUUCAAAGUGAAAAAGACCCACGAGAUGUCCACACCCUCACACAACGGAGAGCUGGCCCACCAGAGGAGCGAGAAGAAACAGCACAUCCACACCCAGCCUUCACAGCAGCUUCAUCAGUCCCAGCCAGUCCAGCCUCAGUCACAGUCCCAAAGCACAUCUUUCGAUGCAGAAGAAAGUGAAAGUGACGAUGGGAGUCUUCCUCCUUCUUUCUCCGAUGAAGACCCAGAGCGAAUGAAGCACAGACGAAAGCAAAAAACUCCCAAGAAAUUCACCGGCGAACAGCCCUCCAUAUCUGGAACAUUUGGAUUGAAAGGUAUGUCUAAGGUGGAGGAGAAGCUGAAGGCGGGUCGUGUGAAGAGACAAGAAGGGAGUGGGUUCACUGAAGAUCCUCAUAGAAGAUCUUCCUCAAGUCAGUCGUCCAAGAAAGAGUCUACUACAAGCUCUGGUGCCAUUUCUGACACUCAAUGGCAGCGAGCAAUUUCUGAGAGAGGCGAAGUGGUGUGCCCAACCUGCUCCAUCGUUACCAGGAAAACAAUCCAUGGCCUCAAAAAACACAUGGAAAUCUGCCAGAAGCUCCAGGAUGCUCUGAAGUGCCAGCAGUGCCAUAAACAGUUCAGGUCCAAGGCCGGCCUCAACUACCACGUCAUGGCUGAACACAAUUCCAAGCCCUCAGGGAGCGAAGGCCAGACAGCCAAUGAGCAUGAAGAGAGAGAAAGGCUGCGCCGAGUGCUCAAACAGAUGGGAAGAAUCAAGUGUCCCAGUGAGCACUGUGGAAAAAAUUACCGCUCCAAGGCAGGAAGAGACUACCACGUACGCACCGAACAUUCCCCGACUAUCAACACGAGCAUAACAGCUACAGCCACCAAUGACGACAUCACGGACACCAACAACAAUACUGGCAAGGAGAGGAUGGUCUCUGAGGAGUAUCCAACAGGAGGAAGAAAGAGGGAGCAAAGCCAUCCUGAGAGGAAGGACUGGCAGGAGAGAGCAUCACUCAGCCAGCCUCAGGAGCAGGAGCUGGACAGAAAGAAAGAGAAGCAGCAAGAUAAAGAAAAGCCAGCACAAAUGGACAGCCAUGCGGAGGAUUUCGAAAGGACCCCCAGUGGCAGAGUGAGGCGGCGGUCAGCGCAGGUGGCAGUUUUCCACCUUCAGGAGAUAGCAGAGGAUGAACUGGCUAAAGACUGGGGCACCAAGCGGCGCAUCAAGGAUGACCUGGUGCCUGACAGCAAGAGGUUAAACUACACUCGUCCUGGCCUCCCCAACUUCAGCCCAGAGCUACUGGAGUCUUGGAAGAACCAAGUCAAGGAGAAGGGCUUCAUCUGCUGCACAAAUGCAAAUUGUGAAGCGGUCUACUCCAGUGUGUCCGGACUAAAGGCCCACCUCAUCAACUGCAGCCAGGGAGGUGGAGAAAUGGGAAAGUACACCUGUUUGAUCUGUCAGAAGGAGUUCAGCUCAGAGAGCGGCGUCAAGUACCACAUUAGUAAGACGCACUCGCAGAACUGGUUCCGUGCAGCAGCCAGCCAAGUGGCGUCUAGUAACAAGAAUAGAGUGCUGGAGAACGACGGCAUCAGAGGUGAGGUGAGGAACGGUGCCACCACCGGUAGGAAGAGGGGUCGCAAGCCGAAAGAGCGCCCCCUUAUGGAUACACCACUUCCAACAAAAACUGAAGCACUUACGAUGACUCAAAACUCUACAACCCCUACAGGGACGCCUCCCCCUGGCACGGCACAGUCCUCAGGCGUGAUUCCUGAGCAAAUAGACAGUGAUAGUCCAUGCCACAAUAGACAGCCUGUGCCCUCCACCACCAGACGCAGCAAACCCAAGAGGCUGUCUUUGUUAGAGUAGCUCUGCUCUCGUCCACCCUGGAGCCCGAGAGGAGAGAGAGGAUCUUUACUAGAAAUGUUACACCGGAAGCUGAAAGGCCCGUCUGACGUCACAAGGACUUGGCACUGAGAAGAAAGCCAAACCAACCAUUGAGACGUAAAGGAUUUAAUCCAGUCUUUUAAUCUUGGUUUGAGACUACGGAGUUUAUGUGCACUGGUAUAAACAAUAAUCUCAACUGUAGUGUUUUAUUUCUCCAUUCCACUUUGUCCAAUUUCUAAGUUACUCAGUUUCAGUUUCUGUGCUCACAGCAGGGUUAUAAGUAGUAAUCAAAGUACAGACCUUAACAUGGAUCACUUUUUUUUAACAGAGGUAGUAUUCUACAUUAAUGAAGAUUAUUUUUAUUUCUUUGUGAAAUUCAUGUUGUGUUUGAGAGGUUUUAAAAAGGAAAUUUUAUUAGCACGGUGAAGUCCUUUAAUAAUAGCUAGUGUUUUCCAUUUUUCACAGAUAUAUUAUAUGGUGUACAUAAACAGUAUCUAUAUGUCUAUAUAUUCAAAGCAAUGAUGCAUUUCUCAUUUUCAACCCUGACAUGUUAAAUUGGAUCAGAAGCAGUCAGGAUUUUUGCAGUGUGCUGUAGUACAAUGUUGUUUGAAUAUUACUUUUACUUUUUUUUUUCUUUUUUUUUUUUUUUUUUUUUUACUUUUCACGUUUUCUGUAAGCAAAUGUCAUGUAAGCUAAGAUACUGGUCAGUUGUCAAUCAUGUCCCACACCUUUUCCGCAUCUGUCCCUCCAGUGAAGUUUACUUUGACAUAAUGAUGAAAGGUAUCCACUUUGACAGCCAUAACCACGACUUAAAAGAUCAUUUCAACAGUUUUACACUGAAAUUGAUGAGUUGAAUUCCCUCAAUAGUGAUCAUUUGGAAUUUUGAUUCAGUUAUACUUAAUGGGACAUUGUUGAAUUAAUUUUAAACAGAAAAAAAGUAGAAGCCUUCUGAGAGAGAUCGGGGAAAACUAAAUAUUUGGUAGAAAGAGGUUUUUUUUGUGAAACUUGUUACACCGUUGCAGCACAAUCAAAUGAUACGAGAUCAUUUUGAAGGCCAUCUCAGAUUGGCCACUGCUUUACCUUGAGCUGAGAAGAGAAUAGAAAUGCUAUCUUUUAUAGAGAGGUUGAGGAGAAUUAUCGUUUAUUAAACAGAAAAAUUGCAAUUUUAAGUUUCACAGAGAAUAAUGCAUAUGGAUAAUUUCCUGCAAGCUUAAAGUUAUCGCCUUGCACUUUAACCCUUGACCCUUAUCGCUCCUCCGUCUUUUUGCACUCCGGGAGUAUUCAACCUCACUGACAUAGGGGAAUGGGAAUAUUUUACUCUGAUGGGAAGCUAGAGGAAAACAGCAUGGUUAACUCUUUCUGUAAAAUAUCCAACAUGACUGUAACUAUGAAUCACCCCAGAAAGCCAUAACUGGUCUAAUUUAAGUGUGCUCUGGCACCUAAUGUUAGUUUAGCUUCAGAUUUCUAAAAUAUAAAAUUACUUAAUCACUUAAGAUGAGAGAAUAUUUUCACUUUGAUGUGUACUUUAAAUAAAUACUUGAAUCCACAGUUGUAACAAUAAUUUGAGCUAAUGAAAACUCCAUAAAUGUUUGAUUUAUAUGUUCGAUUUAUGUCCAUAAAGUAAUGACUUGCUUGCUUAAUAAGAAAAAAAGGCAGAACUUUAAUCUAUUUUAUAUUCUACUGUGUAUAUUACCAAGGUAGCAAUCUGAUAGCUUUGGAUAAAAUUGUGAUGUGGCGAUAUUCUAGUGAGGUGCUUUACUUGCCACUCUACCUUAAGGACCUGAGACAACUCACGAGAGUCUACUCCUCCAUCCUGCCAUCUUCUCCUUGCUGGCAAGUUGUCUGAAUUUUGCAUCAGUCUUCAAAGUCAUCAUCAAAAAUCAAACACUGAUGUCAGCGGAUCAUUUUCAAGAAACAGUGAAUCUGAAAUGUGAGUGUGUGUGUGUGUGUGUGUGUGCGUGUGUGUGUGCGUGUAUGUGUGUGUGUGUGUGUGGCAGACGGUUUCCUACGCCGUGAAUUUUUAUAACGUACCGCAAAGAUUCAAUCUGGAUUCCUCCAUUACCAAUCAGACGAUGGAGUUUAUUCAGGUGCGGAUGAUUAUGCACUUGCUUCUGUCAGUGGCAUGAUAGACGUCCCAUCUUCUACCGAGGUUCAGUCGGGGGGGAAAAAAGGCAUCAUUUGGAUGAGCACUGAUUGGUCCACGGACCUGUUUGAAACGAGUUGUCCAGACCUUGUGUGUGUUUGUGUGGGUGUGUGCGUGUGUGUACUAAGCAGUUAGCACCUUUGUAAUGACUGGACGUCAGAUAUGGUGACACUUUGGUUGAGUGUAAUGCUGUAGCACAGAAUCAGUUCGUCAGCUGCUUAUUUCUCGUUUCAUUAACGACGUCACAUUGACUGUGUUUACCUGACAAGCUUUGGUGUUGCAAUAUGAUAGUUUAGCACUGCUUUUAACAGUGGGUAUUUUAUAUCUUAUCACACCCUUUACUAUCUGUCUUCCUACGACGUGGAAAACGCAUAUCUAUCCCACAGUAUGAGCUAACUGCGACAUGUUUAGAGAGUACAGCAAUACUCCAUAUUUAGCUGGUUUUGUUGGCUUGCUAAGAUUUUGAUAUUGAUGUGUCUUCUCAGAAUUGUAUGGCUCUUUUUUUUUUUUUACUCCCUUUUCUUUUGUUUGUUUGUUUUGAAAAUGCUUUUUACAUGUUAUAAAUUCUACAUGACAAAAGUAGAGAAAAAAAAUAAUUUGUAGACCACAACAAACUUUGCAGGCCUGUCUGUGGGCAUAUGUUGGCAUACACUGUUAUUUUAUCCAUUUUAAUGAUGCACAUACAGUAAAUUUAGCUUUUUUCAGUACAUGAUGGCAAACACAGAGUCCUUUAUUACUAUCUAUUGAAUACUGGACGACAAGGCAUAUGUAUGUGUGUUUGUUUCUGUAUUUAGUGCACUUAUAACAUGAAAUAGGCUUGAAAUAGGAGUGUUUUUUGGAGCUUUCUAGUUACCUGGACUGUGUGUGGUGUGACUUUUGUACCUGGGGAAACAUGAGGCUCAAGCGUCUUCCCUCUGUCAGCAAUCUUAUUUACAAAAACCCAGAUUUAUCCUUUGGAAUCUCCCUUAGACGCCCUAAGAAUUUGACUUGUUUUAUUUGGACGACAGUGGUUUGUUUUGUAUGCUACCUACUUGAAACGCAGGAAAUGGGAUCCAGUCAUUGUGAUUUAACUUUUGAGAGUUUUAUGAGAUGAUGUUGCAGCUCUAAAAUGUUUAUAAUACAUAGAUAAAAGAUAAAAUGAGACUAAUGAUGUAUUUAAAUUUCCAUAUCUGAAAUUAAGUUGUAUAGUAUCUAACAUUUGAGGAAUAAACACCUCUUUUGCGUCUGAACUGUUACAAUUUUUCUCCCAGACUUGUUGUAUUACCUGUGCAUUAGUAUCCCUCAACUAAUUAAUAAAAGUUUGUUGACUAAA